UCAAAUUAAUUAAGACAGCCAUUGUCAGGAACAUAACCUCACCAAACCAAGAUAGAGUACGUAAAAAUAGUAACUAAACUUCUUUUAUUCAUCAAUAUAAAACUUGGCUUUUUAAUCAAGCCUGAGUGAUUCGAUUCUGUAUUCGCAAAAUUAUUUACAGAUAAAAUGUCUGAACAAAAUGUUGGGUCUGCCCCUGGUUCCGCCGCCCCGUCGGCCACUAGCGUCGCCGAAGAGCAGCGCUCUGCAAGCACUGCUGCUGCAUCUGUUGCCGGCACAGUCGCUUCAGAAGAGAAAGUGUUUGGCGGCUGCGAGGGCCCAGACGCCAUGUACGUGAAGCUGGUGUCAUCUGACGGCCAUGAGUUUAUUGUGAAGAGGGAGCAUGCACUGACUUCUGGUACCAUCAAGGCCAUGCUGAGCGGUCCCGGCCAGUUUGCCGAGAACGAAGCCAACGAGGUCAACUUUAGGGAAAUUCCAUCACAUGUCCUCCAAAAAGUCUGUAUGUAUUUCACAUACAAGGUGCGGUACACCAACUCUUCUACAGAAAUCCCUGAGUUCCCGAUUGCUCCAGAAAUCGCCCUGGAAUUAUUGAUGGCCGCUAACUUCUUGGACUGUUAAAUCUGUUUAGUUUUGGUACAGACAACUGAUAUUUUUUAUUCUAAUUGAUUCGUACUCUAUAUCUUGAGUAUAAAGUGGUCGGUCCUUUGUUUAUUAUUAUUGAAAUGGGGAAUAUGCGUGUGAAUUUUAUGAAACAUUAAAAAUAUGUGACCGUGAAAAUAAUCGAAAUCGAUUUGAUAAUUAAGACUUUAAGUUUAUAUCAGAAGUCAUUGUCUAACCAAUAUCUUAAUGUGGAUACGAGUACAUUUAUCAUUGUCUUACCAAUAUCUUAUUUUUGUGUUGAAUCGCCGAAUGUCCGGUGUGAUGUGAUAUCAAAAA